UCGCUUGAGUGGUGAAGGAGGCAAAGCAUUCACGGCAGACUUCAGGAAACACUUCCCUCAGCUCUGCAAGGUGUUCAAGGCACACAUUUCCAGUCCAAACUUGGAGCUCAGUAAUGCAGCAUUGCAGGCCUUGGGCUUCUGCACUUUUAAUUCAAACAACACAGCUGAAUUAUCUGGCCCCGAGGCGCAGGAGCUGCUGGCAGCCGUCAACAGCGUGGCAAUGAAAUGCUCCGACAAGAACACCCGCACCCGGGCACUCUGGGUCAUCUCCAAGCAGGCAUUUCCUCCUGGAAUUGUUAGGAAGGAGGUGUCCAAUGUUCUCUCCACCCUGGAAACAAUCCUGACUAAAGGAGAAGCUCAGUCUGUUGUGGUUGAGUAUGAAGCACUUAAUGUCAUUAUACGCUUGAUGGAGCAAGCUCCAGGCCCGAUGGGGGAAGAGGCAGUGAGGUGGGCCAGGCUGAUCCUGCCCCUGGUGGUUCACUCCUCCCACAAGGUGCAGCUCCGAGGCGCCACUGCCCUGGAGAUGGGCANUCCUGUGCAGCAGCAGCGGCAGCCGGAGGUGGCCGCUGUCACCGAGCACCUGAUGACCACAAAAUUAAUUUCCGAACUCCAGAAAUUAUUUUCAUCCAAAAACGAGACCUUCGUGUUAAAGCUGUGGCCGCUGUUUGUCAGACUGCUCGGCAAGACCCUGCACCGCAGCGGGAGCUUCAUCAACUCCCUGCUGCAGCUGGAGGAGCUGGGCUUCCGCAGCAGCUCCCCGGUGGUGAAGAAAAUCGCCUUCAUCGCCUGGAAGAGCCUCAUUGAUAACUUUGCCCUAAACCCAGGAAAAUCCAGCUCUGAUAUCAAACCCUGCUUUCCUGGGAGCCCUGGCUGCCAGAGCUGCCUCCCAGCCAGCCGCCCUCCAUGGUUUGUCCUAUUCCUGAGGAAUUUGGGGUUUUUGCUGGGAUUUNUGGCCCUGACCAAGCUGGAGGUCUGGUGGUAUUUGCUGGUCAGGCUGGGGCCUCACCUGCCCUCCAACUUCGAGCAGGUUUGUGUCCCUCUGAUCCAGAGCACCCUGAGUGUGGAUCCUGCUGCCGCCUUCCCAGGGACGCCCUCCCGGCCCAGCAACCCCAGCCUGGCCUCAGCGACCCCUGGGCAGAAACCAGAACUGUGGAUUUCCUGCAUGGUCACUGCAUGGUUUAUGUGGGGAAAGGCGGCGCUGGGCAGCCCGGCAGGGGCACAGCUCUGCCCCUCCAUCCAGCUGCUGGGCAUGGAGAUGCUGCUGCACUUCCUGAUGGGGCCGCGCGCAGGAGAGUUCGCCCGGGACAACAAACUGGUGCUCAGCUUGGAGCCCCUGCAGCACCCCCUGCUCUGCAGCCCUUCCUUCUUCUGCAAGCACGCGGGCACCCUGCUCUGCGCCGUGCGGGACGGCGUGGUGGCCGUGGGCAAGGAGGUUCCUGAUUGUUUGCUGAGCGUUAUCUGGAAGGACAUCAAUGGAUUUGUAAGAGCAGCAAUUGAAGCAGGCAAUAAGAAAGAGAAGGGAGGCUCAGAAGUUCUGACCAUGUUGCUUCAGGCCUUAAAGAAAAUUGUGAGCUCCAAUUCCCUGCCCGUGCACAAAGUCCUGUCUCUCAUUGACAUCACUGUCAAGGAAUUGCCUCCCAAAGUUUUGGGCUCCCCAGCGUACCAGGUUGCUGAUAUGGAUCUUUUCAAUGGCACCCCAGCUCUGUUCCUGAUCCAGCUGCCCUUCCAGCACGGCCUGCUGGAGUGCUGUGUGACAGAUGAGAGGUUCUUUGGGAUCCUGCAGGCCCUGGUGGGCUUGGCCCUGGCCGGCCCCACCUCGGAGCUCCCCAUGCUGGAGGGUCUCACCCACCUGGUCUCAGUCAUGGUCGACUGCAUCAACUUUGCCCCCUACGGCCCCAAAUUCCAGCCCAAAACCAGAUCCCCGCAGGCCCCCACGGACUGGGCCAGGAAGAAGAAGGAGCCCCUGGGCAAGCUGAGCUCUCUGCUGAGAAGUCAGGAGCACUCNGCCCUGCACAGCAUCGUGUGCCACCUGUGCCUGCCCUCCCUGCUGGGCACCGCCCUGGGCACCCUCGCUCAGCCCCUGGCGCUCUUCUAUGAGAAAAACAGGUCAGGAUUGAGAUGGCUGGGGAUUGGGGUGGGCACACACAAACGGGCAGAGCCGGGGCUGGCACUGCUGAUUGCCAUGCACUGCAUCGUGUGCCACCUGUCCCUGCUGGGCACCAUCCUGGGCACUGCCCUGGGCACCCUCACCCAACCCCUGGCACUCUUCUAUGGGAAAAACAGGAUUGAGAUGGCUGGGGAUUGGAUGGGGAAACACAAGUGGGCAGAGCUGCUGAUGGCACCGGGGCUGGCACUGCUGGGUGCCCUGCACAGCAUCGUGUGCCACCUGUGCCUGCCCUCCCUGCUGGGCACCGCCCUGGGCACCCUCGCCCAGCCCCUGGCACUCUUCUAUGAGAAAAACAGGCAGGGCCUCGCUCGCAGCUCCGGUAGGGAACGGCUGCUCAUUGCCCCCGUCUGUAUACGGGUCCUGCUUUGGGGCAAAUUUGGCAGAGCUGCUUCCCUCGCCUACCCCCGGCAGCUCCGGUCUGUGUUAAGCCAAGCCAAAAAGAAGAUCCCUCUGCUGCUGCCUGGUUUUGAGAGCAUGGAGGUGUCCGAGGAGAGCAGCGGCCCCUUCUCGGAGCUGAUGGAGCAUUCCCAGCUGGAUGCCCGGGUCGGUGGGCUGGAGCUGAAGGUGGGGCAGAAGCAGGGAAUUCUAGUCAGAGUUCACGCUCCUGUCAGAGUUCUCUGUGCAGAUUUGGGUUUUGGUGGGCUCUGGGGUUGGCAGUUAAAACUGGAAUUUCCAUCUCCUAAGACAACAAGUGAGACGCUUCUGGAAGAGGAGAAAUCUGUUGAUUUUGUGUUUAUUCCUCCAGAAACAAAACCAAGAAUAUUGACAGAACAUCAGAAGGAAGUGCUUAGGUCAAAGAGAGCUGACAUCCCUGCCAUGUACAACAACCUGGAUGCUUCCCAGGACACCAGCUCCUUCUCCCAGUGCAGCCAGAGCCAGGAGGAUUCUCUGGAAAUGCCACCUGCAGCACAAACUGCCAAGGGAGACCCUGCAGAGCAGCCUCAGGAGGAGAACAUGGAGAGUGAAGGAUCUCACUCAGAGGAGAGCCCAGCCCACACCAGCGAGGAGGAGGCCAAAAAUGAGAGAGCUGAGAUGGUCCCAGAGGAAACAUCAGCUGGAGAGGAUAUGGAGACAAGAUCUGUGGAAGCAGCUCCUCAGGAGGCCUCAGCAGGGAAGGAGAACACCCCAGGUGUCACCAACAGCUCAGUAGGGAAGGAGGACACUUUAGAUGUCACCAACACCUCAGUAGGGAAGGAGAACAUCUCAGGUGUCACCAACAGCUCAACAGGGAAGGAGAACACCUCAAAUGUCACCAAGAGCUCAGUAGGGAAGGAGGACACCUCAGAUGGACACCUGGAUGCCAGCAGCUCAGCAAGGAAUGAGGACACUUUGGAUGUCACCAAGAGCUCAUCAGGGAAGGAGGACAUCUCAGGUGUCACCAACAGUUUAGCAGGAAAGAUGGACACCCCAGAUGUCACCAGCAGCUCAGCAGGGAAGGAGGACACCUCAGAUGGACACCUGGAUGCCAACAGCUCAGCAAGGAAUGAGGACACUUUGGAUGUCACCAACAGCUCAGUAGGGAAUGAGGACACUUUAGAUGUCACCAACAGCUCAGCAGGGAAGAUGGACACCUCAGAUGUCAUCAGCAGCCCAGUAGGGAAGGCGGACACUUUAGAUGUCACCAACAGCUCAGCAGGGAAGGAGGACACUUCGGGCAGCCAGGACAGGGAGGACGGGCCCCCCAAGAGAGACAGGAGGAGAGAGGAGGAGAAAGCUGGCCCGAAGAAGCUGUCCCAGGGGAAAGGGGAUGGAUCCCUGAAGCAGAAAGGAGUCGCUGGGAAAACCACGGAGGGCACAAAGGAGAGCAGCCAGCCCGAGAGAGCGGCAGAGGAGUGGGGCCCCAAGGAGUGCCCUGCCCUCAGGGGGCUGGAGGAGGAGGGGGGCAGAGCCGGCAGGAGGGCAGAGGAGGCGCCCAGGGCAGAGGGGGAAGGCCAGGGCAGCCUCAGCACAGCAGGGCCCAAGGUGGAGCGGCCACGCUACCACACCAGGAGAUCCUCCCAGGGGCUGCUGGCCAGCAUAGAAAACUCUGAGGCUGACGGCUCUGAGGGCAGGGAGGAGAGCACAAAGAAGAAAAAGCCCCUGAGAGUGAGGAGCAGAAGCAAUUCUCUGGAGGGGAAAUUGAAAGAGGGGCAGGCAGGCAGCCAGAGCCCUGAGGGCCCUGCCCAGGGAGGUGACACCAGGAGUGCCCUGGAGGGCAGUAAAGGGGAGCCUGAGCUUGGCACAGGGGCUGCAGUGCCAGCUGAGCCUGGCGGCCUGGAAAAGCAGGAGAUGGCUGCGGAGGCUGAGGGCUCUGGCAGCUCUGAGAGUCCAGGAGCUCUGCAGGACACCAGCAUGGAGCCCAGCAGGGCUGACACAUCCAUGGAGUCGGUGGGCAGCCCCUGUGAGCCCGAGCAGGACGGGAGGGCGGCAGAGGAGAGGCAGAGCAGCACAGGGCACUGUGCCCCGGGUGCUGAGCCCGCUGUGCAGAGCCCUGAGUGCCACAACAAGAGGAGCAAAAGGGUGAAAAAAAUCAAGAGCUGCGAUUGCUGCUUCAAAAAGCCAAGGCAGCAGGUGCCUGAAUUGAAGCUCUCUGAGUCUAAAAUGGAGAAAGCUGAGCUGGAGGAGCCUGAGAGCACCCAGACCCCAGCCCAGACCCCAGCCCAGACCCCAGGCCAGAGUGUUUCUGGUCCCUCAGACCUGGAGGAGAGCUUGGCCCUGGCUCCCUGUGGGAUGAGCACUCCAUUGCUCCCUCCUGAGGAGCCCAGCGCCUUCAGCCUGGCCAGGCAGGAGAUGGAUGUGAUGGAUGGGAUGGAUGUGGAGAACCUGCAGGGAAGCUCUGUGAGGGUGGAGGAGCAGGAUCCAGAGGAUCCAGAGGCUGCAGCACCUGAAACCACCGAGUCCAGGGAGGAAAUAAAGGAGCCUGCUGAGCAGAAGGAGCAAACAGAGCAGGUUCUGCCUGAGAGCGUUCCCGAAGAGCCCAGGGAGAGCUGCCUGGACUCAGGGGAGCAGGGGGAAGAACCAGCAGCUGCAGAAAAGGAGGAAUCUCCUCAGAUCCGUCGAGUCUCUUUUGCAAACCCCAUUUUCCAGGAGGGCCUGGCCGACGACAUCGACAGGAGGAGUCCUGUCAUCAGAUCCCACUCCUCACCCUCCUCCAGGAGCCUUAAAAUCCUCUCCAACAUGCAGCACAUUACCACUCCAACCAAAGGAUUUCUGUCCCCAGGAUCUCGUACCCUUAAAUUUAAGAGCUCAAAGAAGUGUUUAAUCACAGAGAUGGCCAAGGAGUCCCUGCCGUGCCUCUCGGAGUUUGUGUACCCUGCCUUGGCCGGCUGCAAGGCCCCUGUGGACGUCAUUUUACCUCAGAUCACAUCCAACAUCUGUGCCAGGGGCCUGGGGCAGCUCAUCCGAGCCAAGAACAUCAAGACCGUGGGGGACCUGAGCACUCUGACGGCCCUGGAGAUCAAAACCCUCCCCAUCCGCUCCCCCAAGGUCUCCAACGUCAAACGGGCUCUGAGGGGAUUCCACGAGCAGCAGGUGAAAUCUCGGGUGUUGGAGGAAAGCACGGUGCUUGAAGAUGCUGAGAAGCCUGGGAAUGAUGUGGAAGAGAAAUCUCUGAGUGGAGACGAGGAAAAACUUGCAGCAGAUCUGGUGGACACGGGCAGCACCAGCA